AACAAAUUUUUUUUGUUGUUGUACUAGUUAAGUAGUACUAUUAGCGAGUAUAGAAGGAGCCCCCUAUUUCUCAGUUACUACCUAAGGGUUUAGGUAGCUACAGCGCUACAGUUUGCGGGUUAAACUUCUGUUUGGGCAGGGGGUUAAGCAUGUUAAGUUGUUUAAAUCACCACUUGAUUAUUCUACUUCAACACAAUGGAAUAAUCAAUACCUCAUAAUCUUUGCAAACUACUGCGAAAAACAUAGUAUAGAGCUGCCCAAUGCACACCAGGGGCAUUACUAUAAAAAAUCGACUUUUUGUACCUCUACCUUUUUCCUUUCUCCCUCUCACAUACACACACAUCAAUACUCCCACCUUACAACAAGCUCACCACAAGCUCAACAUCCCUUUUCCAGCUUUGGGUCUCUUGUGCUUCUUCAACUUCUGUUUUUCUUUACCUCUUAAUUCUAAUUAUUCAAUUGAUCGCCUUCUCUCAACCUCUUCAACAACAAGAGAUUAAUAAUGGCAACCCAAUUGAAUGCGGAUGGUGCUCGAACACUAAUGGUCACGCUGAGAUAUCAGCCUGGCCUUGGGUUCGAGAGUGUCGCCGAUCUUAACGACUUCGCCGACGUCGACAUCACCAAUCGUUCAGAAAGCUCCAUUCUUUCUGACGCGGGUACCAACAAUGACAGCGAUGUGGAGGAGAUCGGUCGCGGUUCCGGUCGAAACAUAUUCCAUCCAUUCACUCGUCUCCCCGCGGAACUUCAGCGAGUGAUCUGGGAAGAUGUUGCGGCCAGUACAAGACGUAUCGUAACCGUCGACGUCUCCAAUGGUCGCGCAACUAUUAUCGCGGCCGAUGUGUUUAGCCUGCUAGCUGUAAACAGGCAGGCUACAGCACUCCUGGCACGAUCCUACCACCAGAUCCCCAAUGGCUGUCUAUACCCGUACAGCCAGCGAGGAAAUAGGAUGGUGAUGGCUCCGCGGGUGUCCUUUGAACACGACGUC